AUGUUCUGUAAGGUCAGUGACAAGGUUGCAGUUGCAACUCAUUUAAAGGCUACACUGAGCGUAUAUGAUGCUUGGCUUGAUCUUCAAGAUGGAUUUAUUCAUACUGGACAAACUGAGGGUAGACCUAAUUCAAGUUUCUUCCCGCUAAUCAUAUCUCCCACUUCCAAAGCUGGAAUUUUGUUUAGUAUCUGCCUAGACAAGACAAGUGCAGAAGAAGCCAGGAAGCAACCGGAAAGUAUAUUAAAUAUCAAAUACGGAGUUUCUGGAAAUAGAUCAAUUGGGGCCCACCCUCCUGUCAUGAAUGAAUCUACUGGGGUUGAUGGUGCCAGACAAGAGUUAAUCUUCAGGAGUGCAAUUACUUUGCAAAGGCCUGUGCUUGAUCCUUGUCUAGCUGUUGGUUUUCUUCCUCUGCCUUCAGAUGGCCUAAGAGUUGGACAACUAGUUAAGAUGCAAUGGAGAGUGGAAAGGUUAAAGGAUUUGGAUGAGGAAGGAGUUUCUAAACAGAAUGAGGUGUUAUAUGAGGUAAACGCAAAUUCUGGAAAUUGGAUGAUAGCCGGGAGGAAAAGAGGAUACGCAUCUCUGUCCACAAAACAAGGCGCAAGAAUUGUUAUCUCAAUAUUAUGCAUGCCGCUGGUGGCUGGUUAUGUUCGCCCUCCCCUAUUAGGGUUGCCAGAUGUUGAUGAGGCAAAUAUAAGUUGCAAACCUGCUGGGCCACAUCUGGUUUGUGUUUUGCCACCGCCUCUCAGCUCUUCAUUCUGCAUUCCAGUUAAUUCAUGA